GUUCGCGGUUUGGGUCCGGAUGUUUCCAUGGCUGUCGAAAACAAUCCUGAUACCAUUUUGUGAACUUCGACAAUUCGACCUACAAAUUUAGCUGAGAAUGAGGUAGCAGAUCAUGGCAGAGAGAAAGGACUCCUCUCGUGGGGGUAAAAAGAAUAAAUCAUAUGACAAUGACGAGACAAAGUUACAUGCGAGGAACUGGAAGCAAUUAAGCAAGAAGGAAGUGCAAAAGUUACACCCUCAAUUACGUAGUAAAUAUUUAGCUUAUGAAGAACCCUCAAAAGACGCAAUGCAUGGAAUUAAUGCUAGCAGAAAAAGAAUUGCAGAUGUAAAGAAGGAAAUGAAGAGGAUUUAUGCUCCGCCACCAACACAGGAACUUAUGGAAGCACAGAGGCACGAGCAGCUUAUUGGCCAAUUAAAAGCUGCAGAGGCCAGGAACAGAGCUCGACUUCUUCGACUUAGAUAUGAAAAGAAUCGAGCUGACGAGGUAAAUCAUUUGAUUUCAUGUCAACCCACUGCAAUCAAGGCAAUGCGACUGCAGACACUUCUACCUGCAUAUCCAAAAGCAAUUGAAGUCAGAGAUAUUUUAGGAAAAGAUGAGGUGCGAGGAUGGCUCAGUCGUUAGAGCCGCUGACUACAGACCCAAGGGUCCGUGGUUCGAGUCCAUGGCAUGACCAAACUUUCACCCAGAUCGAGAAGAGUCGCCAGCUCUCUGUAAAUCCAGGCAUAGAAAUCACGAGAUGUGGUCGUUAGAGCUUAUGAAAGCCAUGGACGUUUACUGGUAUUCAUGUUUGGUGUUUGUUAGAACGGGCUGUUUAUUAGAGAGCGGGUCUUUAAUACAUCAAAUAUUGUAAAUUCCUUCAGAAUAUCUAAAGAAGUCAUUCAAAAAAUGCUUACUUGUUGUAGAUAAAUGCGACUCAGGUGUAUCGGGGGUUGUGACUGUAUGAAAAGGUUCAGUGACGGGGGUUGUGACUGUAUGAAAAGGAAAAAUCAGAAGUUAUUGUACACUCAUUUCAUCGCAAUGUUUUCAAAAGUGCUACAUGCAGAAAUCGUCAUACUGUUAACACUCAUAUAUAAGAAACCCCCAUUUAUAAGUAACAGGCCUUAUUUUCUUCAAAAGAGGCUUAUUUUAUAAUA